AAACGGAACUCCGACUGGGAAAAAAAUUAUUUUGAGCGGUCAUCCAACUCGGAUUUCCAAUUCGGAUAUUCGGGCAUCUUUCUAGAGGUCUGACCUGAAGAUCACUGGCGUCAUGAUUUUACCUCGUUUUUUUCUCCAGAGUUCCAAGUUGUCUUGAAAAUGCCAAUAUAAAUUAAACUGCGUCUAUGCGUGUAAUUGUAAAACACGGCCUUCUAUAUUCUUAUUAAAAAUAAUUCAAACGUCGGGAACGAACUACACUUUUGUGCGAAAUGGCUGUCAAACACUUACCUGGGGGAACUGAAGGCGCAGAGAUAAGCCUGAAAGGUUUCCUAGGUAUGCUGCUCUGUGGGUGACAAAAUAUGUAAAGAAUAAUAGCGCCAUCUGGUGGCAGCGGGGCUAUGGUGAGGACUAUUUUACUGGUAUUUGGUUGACUACUUGUGUACUGUGUGCCAUGCUAACGCAAAUAUAGAAGCCUGUGGUUUCGUCGGCCCCUGGUUAGCCUUGGCGGUAGGCCUCGACUCUGAAGACACACUCAGGCACGCGACAAUAAGUACCACAAACCAUUGCGUUUCCACCUGACAUCUUUGGUCUGUGUACGUUGCCAAGGAGAAGCGCCACACACCUUAUCGGAACACUAAGGACGCCACUUGCAUUUUAUCUCAAGAAACUUCAGCGCUAUCUACAAGCUCAGAAAACAGUGGGAGGAACAACACCCUAAAAUGAUAUGCCAGCAUCAGGAAGGAGUGGAACAUUUGGCUGACCUUCAGUGUGGCGAUCAGGAGAGAGCAAUGGCACCUUUCCUGUGUGACCUGUUGUGAAUCCCACCAAUGAAGAACAUCACAUAUUGACAUAGUGAGCGAGAAAGAGAGGACUGGUAGAACUAUCAUUUAGGAGAGAGAAGCACCCUGCAACUCCCCCAAGCUGAUGAUUCUGAGACAAUGAAUCGCUACACGCAGCUGAAGCAGUUGGGAGAUGGCACUUAUGGCAGCGUGCUGAUGGGGAAAAGCAACGAGUCGGGAGAACUGGUGGCCAUCAAGAGAAUGAAGAGGAAGUUUUAUUCGUGGGAAGAGUGCAUGAAUCUGAGAGAAGUAAAGUCCCUGAAGAAGCUGAAUCAUGCCAACGUGGUGAAGUUAAAGGAAGUCAUCAGAGAAAACGACCACCUGUACUUUGUCUUUGAAUACAUGAAAGAAAAUCUCUAUCAGCUCAUGAAGGACAGAAAUAAAUUGUUCCCUGAAUCAGCGAUCAGAAACAUAAGCUUUCAGAUAUUACAAGGCCUAUCAUUUAUCCAUAAACAUGGAUUCUUCCACCGGGAUAUGAAACCUGAAAACCUGCUCUGCAUGGGCCCAGAGCUAGUCAAGAUAGCCGACUUUGGAUUGGCCAGAGAGAUCCGCUCCCGCCCCCCAUACACGGACUACGUGUCCACAAGAUGGUAUCGCGCCCCAGAGGUGCUGCUCAGGUCGUCCAUCUACAGCUCUCCCAUAGACAUGUGGGCAGUGGGCUGCAUCAUGGCUGAGCUCUACACACUUAGGCCUCUAUUCCCCGGGAACAGCGAGGUGGAUGAGAUCUUCAAGAUCUGCCAGGUUCUGGGGACAGUCAAGAAGUCUGACUGGCCAGAGGGAUACCAGCUGGCCUCGGCCAUGAACUUCCGCUUCCCUCAGUGUGUGCCCACCCACCUGAAGACCCUCAUCCCCAACGCCAGCACAGAGGCCAUCACCCUGAUGAAAGACCUGCUCAUGUGGGACCCUAAGAAAAGACCCACGGCCGUGCAGGCUCUGCGGUACCCUUACUUCCAGGUGGGUCAGGUGUUGGGGCCUCGGCCCGGGAGUGAGAUACGCAAGGCCACGGUGAGGACUCAAUCCCGAGGCUCAUCAGAGCCCAAAGGUGAGCUGCAGUCCUCUUCAGGAGACUCCUCUGCCCGGACGUCUCAGGGCAACCACCCCAAAGCUUCCAGCAGACACCACCAGGCCCCCCAACAGCCCCUCCAGCAGACAGACCAUCAGAUUGACCAGACAUCUCCACACGACCAAGUCAUUAACUCCAACACGAAGCCAUCUGUCGUGGUGGGGACUGGGAGUGAGAACAGUGCAGCGGUGGGUGUGAAGAGCGGGCGGAGGCGCUGGGGCCAGACAGUGGUAAAGGCAACAGAGAGCUGGGAUGAGUCAGAACCUUCUGAGACCUCUGUGUCCCACUCCAAGAAACCCAGCCUUGGAUCAGAGGAGGAGAAGGGCCCUAAGGACCAUAGUAAUGCGCAAUCCAAAGAGCAAAAACCGAUAUACUCCUUCAGCACUGUUACUAAGUUACCAAGCAAUAUUAAGAAGGGCCAAAUUGACUCCAGUCUCCCGGGCUCCUCAGCAAGACAACAUUACCUUAGUCAAUCAAGAUAUCUGCCUGGGUUGAUCGGCAAGAACUCUGUAGACAAGGAGCCCAGUGGGCCGACACUCCGAGAUCUGUGGGACAACUCCACCAAUGUCAACAGCAAACCCCUCGGCCCCAUUGGAGCUGGUUUGUCCGUCACCAGAGUCAACGCAGAAGACACUGAUAACCCUUCUGAUAAAUCUACGGAUAAAUCUGUUCUAAAAGAAAGAAUACCUGAUUCAGCUAAAGGAAACUUUGUCAGUACAAAGUACAAUCUGUCUGGAGGUUAUGUUCCCUCCUUUCAGAAGAAAGAGGUUGGCUCUGUGGGUCAAAGGAUCCAGCUUGCUCCUCUUGCCGGCCAGCACACAAUUGAUCUUGCUACUCCUGAUAACAAAAAUGUCAAACCAAAACCUUCAAAGACAAAGUCCACUUCCACCACGCCCAUGAGUGAAAACACUGAAGAUUACGACGGCUGGAAAAGGAGGGCGGACAAGCCUCAAAUGAAAGGCCAGGACUACUCUGCCCUGGGGAAAACCUCUGGCAACCUUCUGACUAGAGGUCCACCUGUACAGCCAGUCCAUGGGAGGGUAGACUGGGCAUCCAAGUAUGGAGGCAAUCGGUAGUGCAUCAAGAGAUGCUAUUAAACCAACUCACAGGUUUAGCGCUAAGGAAAACCUUUUGUUGCUCUGCUCUGAAUUUUACUACCCUCAGUGAAUGUACUUCUGAAAGACCUCCAAUACAUUAUUACAACUAAGUAGCACAUGUACUGGGAUGUUCAAGGAGAUAUAUACAUGUUUGUUUUAUACUGGCAUCAUUGGGUGAUGUAUGAAGGAAAGACAUACGCCAGGAGGCCUGAUCCCUGCAACUUCAACAGAAGACCCGGCGUCAUCUAUCGCAGUGUUUUCCAACUCCAGUCCUUCAGUAACCUCAACAAUACAUACUGUUGUUGUAGCCCCGGACAAAAAUACCUGAUUCAACUUGAAUCAAGUGUGCUAGUCUUGGGCCACAACAAAUAUGUACUUGAGGACCAGAGUUGGGAAACACUGAUCUACUGUAUGGUAAUUGAUGAUAGACUGGCUGAUAGGGCUGCUCUAAAGUAUCCCUCAAAGAUAACCAUGUCCUGAAGCCCAUUGGGUGUUGUCUGGAUUGAGUCUGAUGCCGAAAAUUGACAUUCGUCUUACAAUCGGUUUUAUGAUACGAUUAGAACCAAUAAUGGUGGAUUUUGUAUUUGAGAUUUUUAUAAUGUAGUUAUAUUCUUUCUAUUUUUUAACUUUUGUUUACAUUACUCAACUCCAAUGAAAUUAUAUAAGGAAAUGUUUCCUAUCACUCAUUGUAAUCUCUUGAAUAGCCACUUACUGUAUCAGUGGCUAAAGAAGUGUUGACUUCAGUUAUGUAUUAUGACAAUCCACGCUUAAGAUGCAGCUAUUAAACACUGGCCAUUUUUUAAAACCUUUUA